AUGGAUGCUGGAAUCAGGGAAGCACCGACUAAAAAUCGUCACUUGAGAAAGGGUGAUAAGAAUUAUGUGAGGAAGGGUGUACGAAAAGAUAAAGACAUCUUAAUCCGAAGUCCGGGCUACAUCAUCGCAUUCAUAUGGUCGUUCAUAUUCAGAGACACUUCGGACACCUUCAUCCAUCUCGUGCCCGUCAACCAAUCACCUUCGGGCUGUCUCACUCCGCAGCCAAUCACCAUUAAGCUACCUCGCGUCGCAAGGAAUCAGAGCCAGGGUGGCGGCGGUCCUCCACCGGACUCCGCCAUAAAGAUGAUGUCUUCCUGUGUUCAAAAGCUUCUGGUGCUGGCGGGUGUGCUGACUUUCCUCGCUGUCGGGGUCAUUGCUGAGGCUGACCCGAAAGCUGACCCUGCUGCUGACCCCGUGGCUGAUCCCGUGGCUGACCCGGCCGCUGACCCUGUAGCUGACCCCGUAGCUGAUCCAGAAGCUGACCCCGAUGCUGACCCAGAAGCUGACCCCAAGGCGAGCUAUCACCAGCCGUGUUACCAUAAGACUCAGUAUGUCAAUGCUUACAAGACGGAGGCAUAUCCGGUCCCCGUGUACGAGACAGUGUACCAGAAGAAGGUCGUCCCCACCACCGUGUACAAAACUGUGCACAAGACCCAGUACCAGACUCGGUACAACACGGAAUACGUCCCAAAAUACGUCACCGAAACCUUGUACAAGACGAAGAUCAACUACGUGACCAAGCACCUGUCCAAGUACCACACCCAGUACCAGACCCGGUACGCGACCGACGUGCAGUACGUGCCUAAGUACGUCACCAGUACCCACUACCACACCCAUUUCCAGACGCAGGUGAGGUAUAACACGGUCUACGCCACCCAGUAUACCCCGGCUUACGUCACGCAGACUCAACUCCAGUACCAGACUCACUACGAGACGAAAUUCGCACCACAGUACGUCACAGUCGCCAAGGAACAAAUUUCGUACAAGACGUAUUGUCCCAAACCUGCUUAUGGACACUAAGAUCUCUCUGGGGUUCGAAUGAUGUUCUUUUGUUUUGUCGACAUUGGAUGGUUUGUUCUCCGGAAUGUUCUCUCGGAUGUUCUUCAUACGUUGGGAUUUGUGAACUUGUAUGUCUUUGUAAAUGUAUCCA